CACGGCCAAGCUGACCAGCAGCGCCCAUUGAGUCUCCUGCGGACCACCCGCCCGGCGCCCAACUGCAGCUACUUUUAUUGAAAGAAACAGACAGGCAACAGAGGAGAGAGAGUCUUAGGAAAGCUGGGAAAGAGUCCGCAGCCAGAAACCCUCCGGCGAUCUGCCGAGGGGGCGAGGGGAGAGCUGCCCUCGGCCCAGUGGCGCCGGCGCUGGGGGUGGGGUGGAGGCUCGAGGGUGCAGGGGCUCAGGGCCACCGACAACUGGGUGCGUCCAGCCUAAGGCCGCGGAGACGAGCCGGCCGGGGGGGCGGAGGGGACUCCCGCCCGCUGGACCUUCGGCCUCAACACUCCCAGCCCCAGCGCGCCCACCUCUCCCGCCGGAGCUGCCCUCCGAGGGGCUCUUCCCGGCACGCAGUGCCUCGCCUGCUCCCCUCCCCCCGGGCUCGUGUUCUCCCGCCGUCUCUGCAGUGUCCAGAGAUGCUCCGCCGCAGACCCGGGACCCCUUAGGCGCCUCUUCCCGUCCCUCUGCCAAAUCACAACGCCUGUACUUUUCCAGCUCCCUCUUUCUCUCUUGAAAUUGAAAGUUAUUGAGGUCGCUCAGGGUUGUUGCUCCAGCAGUUUCCUUCCCCGCCCCCUCCCUCCUCCGCCCCCCGCAGCCAUCCCCCCUCCUCUCCCCCUCCCUCCCCCCUCCUCCCCUAUGGGGUGCUCCCGGGAGCCCAGCCCAAUACUGGAGCGGCUCCUGCUCGCGAACGCCAGAAGCAGCUCGGGGUCUCUCCGCCGCCCCUUGGCCAUGGCCGCGGUGCCGACGGCGCCCGCACCCCUGCGCUCCCCGGGCCCCCGCCGCUGCCGCCACAGUCGCCGCAGCCUCUGAGCCCAAGGGGCCGCCGCCGCCGCCGCCCGCCCGCCCGGAAUCCCGCCCGCGGCCGCCGCCGCCGCCGCCGCGCACCAUGCUACCUGCGGCCGCCCGGGCGGCUCCUGGAACCCUCGCUCGCGGCGAUGACAGCCACCCCAGCGGAGCCGCCGCAGCUCACUGCUCGGACAAUUUGAAAGUACAAUAGUUGGUUUCCCUGUCCACCCGCCCCGCUUCGCUUGCCAUCACAGCACGCCUAUCGGACCGGAGUGGAGAAGUCCCGCUGCUCGGGUUCUCUAUGAUAUAUUCGCCUAACACCUACGUAUAUUCUCAAAAACAUUAAAUAUAAAUAACCAUCAAAAGAAAAAGGAGAAAAGGAAGGGAAACAUUACUGGGUUACUAUGCACUUGCGACUGAUUUCUUGGUUUUUUAUCAUUUUGAACUUUAUGGAAUACAUCGGCAGCCAAAACGCCUCCCGGGGAAGGCGCCAGCGAAGAAUGCACCCUAACGUCAGUCAAGGCUGCCAAGGAGGCUGUGCGACGUGUUCGGAUUACAAUGGAUGUUUGUCCUGUAAGCCCAGACUAUUUUUUGUUCUGGAAAGAAUUGGCAUGAAGCAGAUUGGAGUGUGUCUCUCUUCAUGUCCAAGUGGAUAUUAUGGAACUCGAUAUCCAGAUAUAAAUAAAUGUACAAAAUGCAAAGCUGACUGCGAUACCUGUUUCAACAAAAAUUUCUGUACAAAGUGUAAAAGUGGAUUUUACUUACACCUUGGAAAGUGCCUGGACAAUUGCCCAGAAGGGUUGGAAGCCAACAACCAUACCAUGGAAUGCGUCAGUAUUGUGCACUGUGAGGCCAGUGAAUGGAGUCCUUGGAGUCCGUGCACAAAGAAAGGAAAAACAUGUGGCUUCAAAAGAGGGACUGAAACACGGGUCCGAGAAAUCAUACAGCAUCCGUCAGCAAAGGGUAACCUGUGUCCCCCGACAAAUGAGACAAGAAAGUGUACAGUGCAAAGGAAGAAGUGUCAGAAGGGAGAAAGAGGAAAAAAAGGAAGGGAGAGGAAAAGAAAAAAACUUAAUAAAGAAGAAAGUAAGGAAGCAAUCCCCGACAACAAAGGUCUGGAAUCUAGCAGAGAAACCCCAGAACAACGAGAAAACAAAGACAAACAGCAGCAGAAGAAGCGAAAAGCCCAAGAUAAACAACAGAAAUCGUCUGUGGAUCUCUUUGGGGGAUUGAAGUCACCCUAGCUGAAGCCUCACCAGUGCUGCACAGAGGACACAGCCAGCCCCGUACAGGAGGCAGCAUCUCUGAGUGUGCAGCACAGAAUUGCAUGACCCACCUUAACCUUCCUGUUGUAACGGAAGGACGCACAGCUGCUCUGUCCAUCAUGCUUCCAGCCCUCUCAAGAUCACUACCUUCUGAAGAAUGUGUGAUGACUCUGGCAUUUGGCUGCCUAUCUCUGGGCACCCUUUCUCCACCAACUGUACUGCUCAUGUGGACUGCUUGGCUUAAUUGGUGUUCCACUUCUCUUUUCCUCUUCCAAGAUACAACACUUUAAAUGAUGUAUUCCUGUUUCUCACUUUGGUGUUUCCUUGUCCCCAUGAGAUAAAUGUUUCAGCUAACUAGAUCUAUUCCCAAUGUAUCAAAUAAUUCUAUCUUCAACAGAAACUUAGGUUACCAAGGAGAAACAAACCUAAUCUUACAGAAUUAUGUUAAGUGGAAGUGUGUUCCCAUGUUUUAGAAUUUCUGGAUAGUCUCAAACAUCAUCUUUGUCCUCAAUGUUAUCCAGCCAAGUAGCCAAAUUUGUUUUGCAUAUCUUUCUAUGCUCAUCAUUGUCUUCAUUCUUUCAGUAAGCACUUACUGAGAAGGUCUACACCUGCAUAUGCAAAGCUGGAAAAAGUUAAAUAAACCAGGACACAACAAUCGUGGCAAAUGACUAUCAUGUCUUCCCAAGUGUUUUGAUUCAAGGCUAUUACCCUGUGGUCCUCAGACAAUGACAGAGGAUCUAAAUCCUUGAUGCAAAACUUGAAAGGAGAGUUAUUACAAAGGUAAAAGAACUGAAAACUAACACUAAUCUUCAUACCUUAGGUGAAAUAUAAAUGAAGACAAAGAUAAGAUCAAUUUUAACUGCAAUUUUCAGUCCACCUGUAAUAGAUCCUUAAGCACAUAGAAUCACAAUAUUCAAACUAGCAGACUUCUCAACAUCGAGCAAAAGCUCAUUAUUGACUUCUGGUCAGGUUUCUGCACUAGUCACAGAAGCCAUUAAGUUUCUGCUCUGAUUAUGUUUCAGAGAACUGGGUCCCCAUUUCUCAUGUGCAACAAGAAAGAAGGAGGCUGGAGAUCAUCACUGUACUCCCAGGCAAGGGAACAUUUGACACUUCUUUUACCUCAGGGUGAUGACCCCAGUGAGUCGUCAUUAGUGACGGUGUCCUUUGGAAAUUAUGCCAAUCCUACUUUUCCCAAAAGUGGAAGUAUAUAGGCUCUCAGAGGAAACAGAUUUAACUCUGCUGCUCUGAUUUUAUUGAAUUAAAAGUUGUGCAUAUUAGUGGUUAUUAAAAUAUUUAAAUGAAUAACAUUGGGAAGAAAAAGAAUAUAUAAAUACAGCUAAUGCCAAGAAUAGACACUGAUCCCCACAAAGGGAAACAGUAGAGUGAAAAGUGCACUGUAGCUAGAGUUAGCCUCUGUGAAUGUCCCAACUCCGCUACUAACUGGUUGUAACUUGUGUGACCUUGGGCAAGUUGCAUGGUCUCUCAGAGCCUCUAUCCUUCAUCUGCAAAAUGGAAGUAGCAACACCUCUCUUGCAAGGUUCUUAUGAGAAUUAAGAGGUUCAUCACUCAGUAUAAUAAUAACUAUUCUGUAUAUAAGUAAUUAUCAAUAAAAAGGAAUGACUAAUUCUAUGUCACACAUAUAAA